AUGACGACGCCCGCGAACGCCCAGAAUGCCAGCAAAACGUGGGAACUGAGCCUGUACGAGCUGCACCGGACCCCGCAGGAAGCCAUCAUGGACGGCACAGAGAUUGCGGUCUCCCCUCGGUCGCUGCAUUCGGAGCUCAUGUGCCCCAUCUGCCUGGACAUGCUGAAGAACACAAUGACCACCAAGGAGUGCCUCCACCGCUUCUGCUCCGACUGCAUCGUCACGGCGCUGCGGAGCGGGAACAAAGAGUGCCCCACCUGCCGCAAGAAGCUGGUCUCCAAGCGGUCUUUGCGCCCAGACCCCAAUUUCGAUGCUCUGAUCUCGAAGAUCUAUCCCAGCCGGGAGGAAUACGAGGCCCACCAAGACCGGGUGCUCAUCCGGCUCAGCCGCCUGCACAACCAGCAGGCGCUGAGCUCCAGCAUCGAGGAGGGGCUGCGCAUGCAGGCCAUGCACAGGGCCCAGCGUGUGAGGCGGCCGAUGCCUGGGUCAGAUCAGACGGCCACGAUGAGUGGAGGGGAAGGAGAACCGGGGGAGGGAGAGGGCGAUGGGGAGGAUGUGAGCUCAGACUCUGCUCCCGACUCUGCCCCCGGCCCCGCCCCCAAGCGACCCCGUGGCGGGGGUGCAGGGGGGAGCAGUGUAGGGACAGGGGUAGGAGGCACUGGUGGGGUGGGUGGGGGCGCUGGUUCUGAAGACUCUGGUGACCGGGGAGGGACACUGGGAGGGGGUACCUUGGGGCCCCCAAGCCCUCCUGGGGCUCCUAGUCCCCCCGAGCCAGGUGGAGAGAUUGAGCUCGUGUUCCGGCCCCACCCGCUGCUCGUGGAGAAGGGAGAAUACUGCCAGACGAGGUACGUGAAGACCACCGGGAACGCCACGGUGGACCACCUCUCCAAGUACCUGGCCCUGCGCAUUGCCCUGGAGCGGAGGCAGCAGCAGGAGGCGGCGGAGCCGGGAGGCCCCGGAGGGGGCGCCUCCGAUGCCGCGGGACCUGAUGGUGGGGGGGAGGGCGGGGGCGCUGGCGGAGGUGACAGCCCCGAGGAGCCUGCCUUGCCCAGCCUGGAGGGCGUCAGCGAAAAGCAGUACACCAUCUACAUCGCCCCCGGCGGCGGGGCCUUCACGACACUAAAUGGCUCUCUGACCCUAGAGCUGGUGAAUGAGAAAUUCUGGAAAGUGUCCCGGCCACUGGAGCUCUGCUAUGCCCCCACCAAGGAUCCAAAGUGA